AUGUUUCGUUUAACAUCAAAAAGAUUAUUUUCAACUAGUCCAAGGGUUUGGCAAUCUGCCAAUGGUAAGAUUCCAAAGAGUCCAGGAUUACUUUCAAAAUCAUGGACCACGGUUAAAAGAGCCACUGGUUUAACUGUUUUUGGUUCAAUGGCUUUUAUUUCUUAUAAAAUUUGGAAUGAAUCUCAUCCUAGUGAACAAGUUAAACAAGUUCCAUUAUUUGAAAAUGGCCAAAAAAAGAAAACUUUGGUUAUUUUAGGUUCUGGUUGGGGGUCUAUUUCUUUAUUGAAGAAUUUAGAUACUACCUUAUAUAAUGUUGUUGUUGUUUCUCCCAGAAAUUAUUUCCUUUUCACUCCUUUAUUACCUUCUUGUCCAACUGGUACUGUUGAAUUAAGAUCAAUCAUUGAACCAGUUAGAUCAAUCACUAGAAACAGUCCUGGUGAAGUUAUUUAUUUAGAAGCCGAAGCCACUGAUAUCGAUCCAAUUAAUAAUAAAUUAACUUUAAAACAAUCAACUACUGUUCAUUCUGGUCAUUCUGGUAAAGAUACCGGUUCUGCUAAAUCAACUGUCUCUGAGUACUCUGGCGUUGAAGAAAUUACUACCUCUUUGAAUUAUGAUUACUUGGUUGUUGGUGUUGGUGCUCAACCUUCAACUUUUGGUAUUCCCGGUGUUGCCGAACAUUCAACCUUCUUAAAAGAAGUUAGUGAUUCUAUCAAAAUUAGAAAAAGAUUAAUGGAUGUUAUUGAAGCUGCUAAUAUCUUACCAAAAGGUGAUCCUGAAAGAAAAAGAUUAUUAUCAAUUGUUGUUUGUGGUGGUGGUCCAACUGGUGUUGAAGUGGCUGGUGAAAUUCAAGAUUACAUUGACCAAGAUUUGAAAAAAUGGAUGCCAGAAGUUGCUAGUGAAAUUAAAGUUACUUUAGUUGAAGCUUUACCAAAUGUCUUAAAUAUGUUUAAUAAAAAAUUGGUUGACUAUACUAAACAAGUUUUUGAAGAUACUAAUAUCGAUUUAAGAACUAAUACUAUGAUUAAAAAAGUUGACGAUAAAACUGUUAGUGCUCAAGUUAAAUCUGCUAAAGAUGGAUCUACUUCAAUGAUUGAUAUUCCUUACGGUAUGUUAAUUUGGGCUACCGGUAACGCUCAAAGACCAGUUACUCAAAGUUUAACUUCAAAAAUUGAUGAACAAAAAAAUGCUCGUAGAGGUUUAUUGGUUAAUGAACAAAUGUUAGUUGAUGGUUCUAAAAAUAUUUUUGCUUUAGGUGAUUGUACUUUCACUAAAUGUGCUCCAACUGCUCAAGUUGCUUUCCAAGAAGGUAUUUUCUUGGGUAAACAUUUUGCUAAAUUACAUGAAAUUGAUACUUUACAAUAUCAAUUAGCUCACCCAACUCCAACUGAUAAUAUCGAACGUUUAACAAAAAAAUUGAGUAAAUUACAAGAAAAAUUACCUGGUUUUGUCUAUAAUCACCAAGGUUCUUUGGCUUAUAUUGGUUCUGAACGUGCUGUUGCUGAUUUGGUCUGGGGUGAUUGGUCCAACGUUACCACCGGUGGUACCUUAACUUUCUUAUUCUGGAGAUCUGCUUACAUUUACAUGUGUCUUUCUGUUAAAAAUCAAAUCUUGGUUUGUUUAGAUUGGGUUAAAGUUUCCAUGUUUGGUAGAGAUAUCUCUAAAGAAUAA